AUGUCUAAUCAAGAAGACUGCUACUUUUUUGUCUAUUCUACAUGUACUAGGGGAGAUAAGUGCCCCUUCCGGCACUGUGAAGCUGCCUUAGGAAAUGAGGCUGUCUGCACAUUAUGGCAGGAAGGGCGCUGUUUUCGAAAAGUCUGCAGGUUCCGACACAUGGAACUUGAGAAAAAGCGGAGUGAGAUUCCAUGCUACUGGGAAAACCAGCCAAUAGGAUGUCAAAAAUUAAAUUGUGCAUAUCGUCACAACAGGGGACGCUAUGUUGAAGGCCGUUUCCUACCUCCAAGCAAAACUAUUUUACAGAAUGUCCCUGAGUCACCAGAUGAAGAGGUGAAAGCUAAUCAGCUCUCAAUGCAGCGGAAACCUGGGGUCAGCUUAAAGCAAGAUGAUAGUUUGAAUUUUGGAACAAAAACUCUUGAAGAAAUCAAGUCAAAGAAAAUGAAGGAAAAAUCUAAGAAGCAAGGAGAAGGACCUUCGGGAGCAUCUGCUCAUUUACUUCAACCACAGCCCAUUCCAGGUCCUGAGAAAGAGAACGUCAGAACUGUGAUCCUGUCCGACAAACAAGGAGAAGAGCCCUUGGUGCCGCUGAGGCUAGGGAAGCGGAAGCUCUCAGAUGUUGAUAGUGACCCUCCACUGAAGCGAAGCCUUGCUCAAAGGCUUGGGAAGAAAAUUGAGUCUCCAGAAAUGAAUACUGACAAAGUUCAAGUUUCUAAGUCUCUGAAGGAGAGAUUAGGAAUGCCAGCUGAUUUAAAAAGUAUGGAGACAACAGAAAGCUCUGCAAAAGGUGGAGAGACCCAUGUGAAGGCACAUCUUGAGAGAGCCAGCCAGAAACGAGGAGACUUGCAAACCAAAAUUAAGAAUGAAGGAACCCAUAAGACUGAAGAUUCCAGUUUAGGGAUAAGGAGCUCUUCUCUUAUUCGACUCAAAAAAUUUUCUGAGAUCCUAGCUGAAAAAAAACACCGGCGGCAGGAAGAAGAGAGACAGAAAGCUGAGAAGGAAAAUCCUUCUGUUAAACUCGGAAUAGAGAGUGAGUCUAAGAAAGCAAUCAUUUUGCCCCCUACCACUGCCAGCAAAGGGCAAUUAGAAGAGCCUGCGAGUAAAACCAAGCAGGAAGUUCACAUGAAAAUCCUGGAGGAGAUCGAGCAAGAAACGGCACUGAGGGUACAACAGAGUGCUGAGAACAGCACCGACUCCCAGCCACAGCCUGAGACUACUCCAGUGAUGAGACGACUGCUCUGCAUCGCCAAAAGAACCGGUACAGAAAAAGAGAAGAAACUUAGUGAAGAUGCCGGCAUCGCAUCUCGUUUCGGUGUUACUCUAACAGACACUGUUGAGGCUUCCUCACAGCCUUCAGGUGAGAUCACAGGUGACGACUUUUCCAAAGUUCAAGUCAAGAACUUUGAGGAUAUCGUGAGAGUGCAGCGCAUGCAGAAACAGCAAGAGGUGGAAACACUACAAAAGGAGAAAGCCACUUUGAUACCUCUUCAGGAAGAGGCAGCACCUGGUGAUACACAAACGACAGAGAAAUCAGAACUGAAUCCUGUGCCAGGAAUCACCCGCCAGCCGACAAAGCCCAUGCCAGUAAAAGCCCAGCAAGUAGAGGUAGAAACUUCAGGAAUUCGGGAUUCAAUGCUGAACGUGAAAUGUGCAGUACAGCCCUUAGGAGAAAGGCCUUGGGCCAAGCCCACGGUUAAUCUCAAGCCACCUGUGGUUAAAGACAUUUCAAGCUCUAAAUUGGCCAGGAAAAGCAGGGCAGCUGAAGUCCACCCUGAUGUCGUUGAAGCUGUAAAGCCACUCAGUUCCAGCAGCAUUCUUCAGGAAAACCCAAGCAAGAAAGCCGCUGUGGCUGCUGUUCCAAUUCUCUUUGAGGACAAGCCAAUCACUGUGUCUGAGAGAGAGGCUCAAGGAUGUGGUGAAUCUGAGGCGGCUUCAGCCCCACCUAAGGAGCAGGUAAUU